AUGGCGCAAAAGUCCGCAGGAUCCCCGGCGGCGUUGUCCACCAAAAGCGCAGACAACCGGAACAACGCUUUGGAUCGCACAUCAACGGUCCGCACGCUGGGCAGCGGCUCGCUCUGCAUUGUCACCGACGUGGACCGCGAAGAGGUGCAACAGGGCGCCAACGUCAUCGGGCACGGCGACUUCCAGAGGAUCAUCUUCGGUUUCACCAUCGUGGCGCACACGGUGCUUCUGUGCCACAGCCACGUCCUAGCGCUCAUCACGGACCCAGUUGACCACUGGUGCAAGCCGCCGCCCGAGUUCGCCGGGAUGUCGGCCGCCCACUGGAAGAACGUCGGCAUACCUGCCGACGAAGCGGGCCGCUUCAGCCAGUGCCGAGUGUACGUGCGACCCGGCGCCACCUCCAACGACACGGAGUCUGCCCUGUGCGAUUCCUGGGACUACGACGAUGUCGAGGCGCACAGGAGCGCCCGCAGCUACUGGAACCUCGUUUGCCAACGCAGCUGGCUCCUGUCCCUGGGCAACGGCGUCUUCAUGAGCGGCGCGCUCAUAGUGGUCCCGUUCAUGGGCUACCUGGCCGACACCGAGGGUCGCAAGCCAGUAAUCAUCGUUGCCUCGUUCGUGCUCAUGAUGACAGCCAUCGCCAGCUGCUUGGCCGAGGCCUUUCCCCUCUACCUGGCACUCAUAUUCGUCAACUCUGCCUGCGCCAGCACCGUUCACAUCGUCACGGUGAUCCUGAUGUUCGAGGUGGCGCCGCUCCAGUAUCGCACCUUCUACACGGGCCUCGGCAGCUCCCUGGGCGUCCUGUUAGUCGAGAUGCUGUUCGUCGUCGUCACCGCCGUCCGCAUCGGCUGGUUUCCGCUCCAGCUGCUCGUCGUGGCGCCCACCCUGCUGCUCCUCUCAGCCACGUUCGCCGUGCACGAGUCGCCCAUGUGGCUGCUCUCAAUGUCCAGGCUGAAAGAGGCCGAGGAAGUCAUCUACACCGCCGCCAAGGCGAAUGGCGUGCCUCGCGUCCACGCCAAGUACUCCCUCGACCGGAUCAAGUUCGAGAUGAACAAGGCGAGCGUGCCGUACUCGCCGGUGGCGCCCACAGCGCUGCUGGUCCCCGGAUCGCUGCGCGGCAGGGCCGCUGCGGUUUUCGUCACCACGUUCACCGCCGUGAUGGCCUACUACUCGCUCACCUGGAGCCGCCUACUCGGCGGGAGCAGCAAUCUGGUGGUGCGCGUCAUCUCCGUAGCGGCCCUGGCACCCACCUACCUGGCCAUGUACAUGGCCCUCAACACCCUGGGACGCCUGCAGUUCAUGCUCCUGCUCUUCACGCUUCUCGGCGGAAUUUCGGGACUCUACGGCAUCGCCACGUACGCCCAACCACACGAGGUCGCCUACGCGCUCGCCAUUGCGGCCAAGUGCCUGGCGAGCGCCCUGAUUCCCACCAACUACCUGUACAUGGCCGAGCUGUUCCCUUCGUCGGUGCGCAGCGCGGUUAUGUGUGGCGCCUACACGUGCGGCCGCGUCGGCGCCGUGUUCGCUUCGGCGCUCUCCCUUCUGCAGGACGUCGGCCGGGAGGACGCCGGCUUUGCGGUCCUGGCGGUAGCGGUCUUCGGAGGCCUGCUGGCGCUCCUCAGCUUGCCCGAGACGGCCGUCAGAGGCACUGCCGACGCGGCCAUAACCAACAUGGACGGCAAGCGCAGGGACCUCUUGGACGUCAUGCAGACCACGCUGGUGCCUAAACGCAAGAGGAGGAGGAAGGGCAGGCGUAUGAGCACCGUGCAAGCAGCGCUGCUGGACAAGCAGGCGCUAAGCUCGUCCAUGCAGUCUCCCUCGCGCUGA